AUGUCCACCGUGCAAGAAGCAGGUGCUGCCUGCAGAUCUGUGCAGAAGGCAGCUGGCAGUCAGACUUGGCAGAUCAGCUCUUACUCAUUACGGGAAGGAUGGAGGUUUUUUGCGGGGAGGGACAGAGAUUCAGCCUUCACUUUUUGGCAUUUUCUCCCUGCGCCCUCUGACCUACCUCCUCCCACAGGAGUGCCCACCCAGCACCCGAGGGUCUACAGCAUGCACAGUCGAGAUGUCACCCGGUACCCUGCCAACUCCAUCGUAGUCGUUGGUGGCUGUCCAGUCUGCAGAGUCGGGGUUUUGGAGGACUCCUUCACCUUCCUGGGCAUCUUCUUGGCCAUCAUCUUGUUCCCCUUCGGGUUCAUCUGCUGCUUCGCCUUGAGGAAGCGAAGAUGCCCCAACUGCGGGGCCUCCUUUUCGUAAAGGGAACCUCACCCCAGGCUUUUCGACAUGCUCUUUUUCUAAUGUAAAUGUCGUGUACAAUAGCUUUAUCCCAUGAAGCUUCAGGACUGUUUUAUAGCGUGGAGGGACGGGCCUGGGGUGCCGGGCCUAGGAAGGGUGGUCAGCUCUGGGACCCCAAGGCUAUGGUGACUCAUCAAAGCACUGCUUCUGGGUCCUAUUAUCCGAGGAAGGUGAGGGGUACCAUUUUAAUAAACAAAAUUCCUGCCCUUGUU